UUACCAUGGGAACGCAGUAAAGGGGAAGAAAGCAGGAUGGAUGGUGACAAGAGGAAGUUUACUAUAGUAAGUAUUGAGUGUCGCGGCGGAUGACGCAUGACUGGCUGCCUACCGAAUCAGGCGGCCCGCUGUGAGGUGCUCCGCCCGCUGCUGCACUUCACCAGGAACCGUAACCUCACCUCCUCCCGCCUUUGCUCGUCCUACACUUGCAUCUCUUUCUCCUACUACUACUCCGUUGCCUUCUGGCUUCUCCCAUCUCCAGGAUACCCUGUCGUCUCGCUUCUACCGUCUCCUGUCUCGUCUGGAGCCCGGUCCUCUCACCUUUCCCUCCCCCUCUCAGCGCCACUUUCCCCCUCCUCCCUCGCCCGCUCGCGUCGAUCGCUUCGCUGGUGUGACUACUCGAUAGAAAACUUGCUCCAGAGCUGGCCAGGGCUUGCAUUUGCUGGUUUCCCCGACCUGAUUUGACCCUCUCCGAGUCUGGGAGAGCUUCCCCGCACUAGAGCUGCACAGCAUCAUGUAUGUCGUGGAGGAACACAUCACUAGGAAGAAUGAGAGACCAAGUGAAUAUGUAGCUAACCGAAG